UUCGGCAGAGCGGAGUAAAGGCAAGAAGAGGGCCUGGAUAUAGGGUACUUCUUCUAAUAAGUAGAAGCCCUUAUAUAUUAAUAUAUAUCGGAAAGGAAAGGACCUUCGUAUAAUAGUCUGGGCUAUGUUUUAGGGAGACGGGAAGCGCUCUGAGCUCUAUAUAAUGGACCGUAACUUUGAGGCAAAGAAGUGUAGUUACUCUAUAAACUCCUAUAUUAAAGUACUCGAUAUAAUAUUCCCUGGAUACUAUAUAGACGAUCUCUACUUCAUACAAGAUAAUACCCCGAUAUAUAUAGCAAAUAAAGUUAAGAAAUGGUUUGAGGAUAAUGGGAUAGAUACCUCCGAUUAGCCCCCCUACUUACCAGAUCUUAAUCCAAUCGAAUAUAUAUAAAAGAAGCUCAAAGAAAUAGUUAUGGAACACUUUCCUGAGGUCUGGAAUACAAAGGGAGAGAUAGAAGAGGCAUUAAAGGCCGUAUGGCUCAUAAUACCUACUAGCUUUUUCGAGAGUUUAAUAGAGAGUAUAGAACGGAGAAUUAAGGCGGUAAUUGAGGCAGAUGGCUGGUAUACUAAGUAU